GCCUCGCUAUAUGUGUGCUAUCAUCGCAGCUGAUAAUGCUGCUUCAUGGUGUUGCUGCAUCUGCCAAAAAUACUGCAAAUAACGAGUGGUGGGCAUAUAAAACUAUUGUGCCCGGUGCGAGGAAUGCCAGGAGACCUAUUCACUCAAAUGCCAAGAGCCUGUUGAAUCCGCAAAUCAUUGGUGGCUCCGUUGCUACCCUUGGUCAGUUCCCAUGGCACGGCUGGCUCGACGUUUCUGAUGCGACCGGGGCUGGUUUCCUAUGUGGCUGCUCCCUGAUAGCAGACAAAUGGGCUAUGUCUGCUGGUCACUGCAUAGAGUUAGGUACUAAAUAUACGCAUACUGUUUUUCUCGGCACGAUUGCGCGAAGUUCGCCUUCCUCUGGCUACGUUUCAAAAAUUUCUACUGCGAUUCGGCACGAAAAAUACGACAGCGCUGCGGGUUUUAAUGACAUUUCACUUCUGAAAUUUCAAACAGCCGUCACUUUUACUGAUAACAUUAAGCCGAUCGCACUUCCGUCAGCUUCGCUAGUCGUCAGUACAGGCACCGUUGGCACCGUCAGUGGAUUUGGCCGUAUUUCAGAUUCAAACCAAGACGUAAGCGAUGACUUAAAAUACGCUGAUCUUCAGAUUGUUGCUGCCCAAACUUGCAUCAAUGAAUACAAAGCUUGGUUUGAAACCGCAAAUAUGAUUUGUGCAAGAGCAGCUAAUAAAGAUCAAGCUGAUUGCCAGGGAGACAGCGGCGGCCCAUUUGUUAUAAAUGCUGCAGCAGCAGAUGUGACUCAGGUUGGCAUUGUUUCUUUUGGAGGAGAAAGCUGCCUUGGAACUCCCUCUGUUUAUACCAAAGUUAGUGCUUACGUGGGCUGGAUUGCGACUAAGAUGGCAGGAGAUACAUCAACUACAAAAUCUACAACAACCAAAAAACCAACUACAUCAAAGACCACCAAAAGACCAACCACUCCCAAACCCGCGAAUUGUCUUUCAGGAAAUUACAAAAAUAUGAAAACUUGUUGCUCACCUGCAUCAAAUGACCUGGUUGCACCAAUCAAAGGAUAUAAAACAUGCAAGAAUAGUGCCGGAUUUGUAGCAUUCAAUGUUUUUGGUCUGAACAAGGUGCAAAAUGUAAAAAUCAACAACAAUGUUGACUUCACCAACACCGAAGCUCUAUUGAAAGCAGUUUGGAAAGAGGGCAGUUUUGUUGAUUGUUAUCUAAAUGAAAAAGAAGUGAUUGUCAAUGGAGAAAUAGAUACUGAUGCUUUAACAUCUCUUCUAACACAAAAUCAAGAUACAAGUGGUCCCUGGGUUGAAAUAAUCACAGAGGCAGUGACAAGCUGCAGUGAUUUCAUUUCUGCUUACAAUAUUCCAACCGAAAUCACCUACAACAAGGUUACUUUUGAUAUUCGAGGCUACUUAACAGUGCAAUGUGUGGUCUUUACAACAAUUGAAGCAUGCCCAACGCGAGUUGCGUCAAAAAAUCCAUGCUUGAAAGACUAUAAUUUAUUCGACAGUUGCAAAAGUUGGUUCAUUGACCAGUUUGCAGGGGCAGCUAGUAGCAAAAAACGCAUGGUCGGAUCAAAGACCAACCAUAACAAUGGCAAGCGACACUAACAAUAAGCCUGACCCACAGAUUAUGUUUUAGUCUGUGACCAUAUAGUUCAA